GAGAGAGAGAGAGAGAGAGAGAGAGAGAGAGAGAGAGAGAGAGAGAGAGAGAAUAGCUGUUAUUCCGCAUACGACAGCGAGCAGACAGACAGAGCCGCUAGCUAUGCGACAGACUAACGACAAGAUGUUGAGUGUGGCUGUGCUGUGUGUGUGUGCCAUCGCCGGUGGAGUGUCCGCGCGCUCGGACAGCUGGAAUUUUCUGGAUGACAAGUGGUUAACAGCACGAUGGGACAAAUUCCGGGAUGAAGUGGAGGAGCCCGGAACAUGGAAUCCUGGGAAACCAUUUGAUCAAGGCCUGGACCCAGAUAAAGACCCCUGUCUGAAGAUCAAGUGUAGCCGUCACAAAGUGUGUGUUGCUGAAAACUAUCAGACUGCUGCCUGUGUUAGCCAGCGGAGAGUCAGUGUGAAGGAAGCGGGCCUGUCUCUGAGUCCAGGGUCUAAGUGUAAACGCUGUCCAGUGGUUCAUCCCUCUCCAGUCUGUGGUACUGAUGGACACAGCUACUCAACCAAGUGUGAGUUGGAGUACAAGGCGUGUAUCUCAGGGAAGCAGAUAUCAGUCAAGUGUUCUGGCCCGUGUCCCUGUCCUGCUGUUCUACAUGAAUACAGCACCGCAGAAAAGACAGAGUGCAGUGUGUCAGAUCUAAAGGAGGUAGUGGGUCGGUUAAGAGACUGGUUCAGAGUUCUACAUGAGAACGGAAACAGCCACAACAAGAAAAUCAACAUACACAAACCUCAGAAAAACAAGUUCAGCUCAGGGGCGGGGCCUAUCUGUAAGGAUCCUCUUGGUUGGAUGUUCUCCCGCCUCGACACAAACGUUGACCUCCAGCUGGACCGAUCAGAGCUCAGCAGGCUGGGGCUGGACAGGAAGGAAGGCUGCUCCGACGCGCUCUUCACUUCCUGUGACACACACGCCGACACGCUCCUCCUCUCCAGCGCAGAGUGGUGCACCUGCUUCCAGAGAUACACAGACUCCCCCUGUUGGUCUGAACUGACCAGUAUUAACAAGAAACAGGCUGGGGAGAAGCUACUGGGUCAGUACCUGCCGGUGUGUGAUGCAGAGGGCUACUACCGGUCCCACCAGUGCCACGGCAGCAGCGGACAGUGUUGGUGUGUCGAUCGCUAUGGCAACGAGGUCGCAGGGUCACGGACCCACGGAGCGGCAGAAUGCGGGGCGGUGUUGGAAUCAUCUGGAGAUCAGGGCAGCGGAGACUCUCUCUUCUCCGACGACGACUAUGACAAUGAUGAAGAUGAUGCCUUCGUCCUGAGCGACCAGUCCCAGAUCGAUGAUGAUGAGGAUGACUAUGACGGAGAGGAAAGAUAUCUGUCAUAACUCCGUCACUCUGCACAUCGCUAGGGGACUACAGCAGCAAUAAUAGUUGCUAGGCGACCUCUACACCACUAACAGACUAAAAACAUUUCUCUCUCUCUGGGUGCGUCCCAAAUGGCAUCCUGUUCCCUGUGUAGUGCACCAGGUCCCAUAGGGUUCUGGUCAAAGGUAGUUCACUACAUAGUGGAUAGGGUGCCAUUUGGAAUGCACCCUCUGUGUUUUUUUGUCUGUUCCUAACUUUUAAAGGUGGACUCUGCAAUAUGACACCAUCGUACAAAGUGGGGUGACUUCCUGCUAACGGACGUCAUCAACAACAACAGAAACAACAACAACAACAACAACAACAACAACAGAAUUCUGAUCUAUUGGUUUCUGCCCUUUGUGGCGUGUCCACAUCAGGAAAAACCAAGCAUAACAGUCUGGGCAGAUUAUAAUUCUGUGUCUGGUGUUGUCUGUAAGCAGUGACCUUGCUGUGUAUGAUGAUGUCAUAAUGAUUAGCCCACCUUUUAAUAGCUGGUAAAUGUUUGUUUAUGAUUUCCCUUUCUGUGCCGUCUAACGUUUGAAUGGCCUACGUGGCUGGAACUCUGGGGAGUCGUCCAAUCAGCGAGAACUUCAGAGAUUAUAGACUAGUUUAUCGACAGUCAAUUGCGAGCUGUGUAUUCGUAUUUCCAGAAGCACAGUGCUUCCUCUCCUCUCUUCUCUCCUCUCUCCCCUCUUCCUCUCUCCUCUCCUCUCCUCCUUCCUAUCUCCUUCCUCU